AUGGUGAAGGUGGAGCCAAGUAGAAACGAGAUGAGUGGAAGUUUAGGAAGAUCUUCUGGGGUUACAAAGAAAGUGAUCAUCUUGAAGAGUCAUAGGCCAGAUGUGGCGAUGAAGGCAUUUUCCAGAGUUGCCAUUGAAGCCGAUGAGGGCGGCAUUAAGCCUGAUGUAACAGCAUGUGACCCAGUUGGAGCUGCUGCCCUGGUAGAGUCGGCAAUGUUCGAGAAGAUUGGUUGGUCCAAUGGGAUUAAGAAGGCCAAGUACCGAUCAGUGUUGUUCAACCUCAAGGACCCAGAAAACCCGGAUUUGCGGAGGAAGGUUCUUCUUGGGCAGAUCUUGCCGGAGGUGCUUGUGACCAUGUCUGCGGAACAGAUGGCAAGCCACAAAAGGCAGCGUGAAAAUAUCCAAAUUCAAUUGAAGUCGCUGAACAAACGUAAUUAA